AUGGGUGGAGGCAAAAGGAUCGAUAAAUAUCAAAAUAUAUACAAUAUGUAUGGUCAUGAAAUAAUAGUAACACAUAUGAACAAUAGUCCACCAGAAGUAAUAUUCGGUAAAGGAAUGGACAAACAUGCACAUAUAAUGGAUCCAGCAGCAAAAAUACCUAUAGAAGUCUAUCAGAUGAUAGCAGGGCAUAAAGAGGUCUAUGCCAUGAUAUUGGAAACUCCCAAUAAUGAAAUAACACAACAAAUUGCACAAAUUCAUGAAGUAGCAAAAUUAAGAGAAUUUGCUAAUGAUGUAUUGAAUAAAGAAACAAUACAGGAAGAAUGGUUUAAAAAAAAAGAUCAAGAAUUAAAACAAAAUAAAGAAAAUUAUGAGAGAAUUGCUAAUAUUCCUUAUGGAAUGCAAUUUGAAGAACCAGCUAUAAUAGAUUUAGCUGAUCAGAUGGGAUGCAUAACAAUACAUGCUUAA